AUGGUGGUCACCCAGCUGAAUCUGGAGUUCCGCUUUCAGGGCAAGAAGCUGCGAGGCUUCAGCUGUGAGCUCACCCGGUCCCCCCACGGGGUCUUCCCUGAGACCACCUUCACCAUCACGUGCCAGAUUGUGGUGCCCCUUCUGCUCUCGGGUCUGGGCAUGAUGACUGCCGGCCUGGUGAUGAACACCAUCCAACACUGGCCCGUGUUUGUGGAGGUUAAAGACCUGUUGACAUUGGUGCCACCCUUGGUGGGCCUGAAGGGGAACCUGGAGAUGACACUGGCAUCACGACUCUCCACAGCUGCCAACACUGGACAAAUUGAUGACCCCCGGGAGCAACACCGAGUCAUCAACAGUAACCUCGCCCUCAUUCAGGUGCAGGCCACCGUCGUGGGGCUCCUGGCCGCUAUGGUUGCCCUGCUGCUGGGAGCUGCGUCUAGGGGGGAGCUGGACUUUGCGAAGGUGGAGUUGCUGUGUGCCAGCAGCGUCAUCACCGCCUUCCUCGCGGCCCUUGCUCUAGGGCUGCUGAUGGUCUGUAUAGUGAUUGGUGCUCGAAAGCUCGGGGUCAACCCAGACAACAUCGCCACACCCAUUGCAGCCAGCCUGGGAGACCUCAUCACGCUGUCCAUCCUGGCUUUCAUUAGCAGCUUCUUCUAUAAAUACAAAGACAGCCGGUUUCUGACUCCCGUGGUCUGCAUCGGCUUCAUGGCCCUGACCCCGGUGUGGGUCCUCAUUGCAAAGCAGAACCCCCCCAUCAUGAAGAUCCUAAAGUUCGGGUGGUUCCCAAUCAUCCUAGCAAUGGUGAUUAGCAGUUUCGGAGGGCUCAUCUUGAACAAAACCAUUUCUAAGGAGCAAUACAAAGGCAUGGCCAUAUUCACGCCCAUCAUCUGCGGUGUCGGUGGCAAUCUGGUGGCCAUUCAGACCAGCCGGAUCUCCACCUACCUGCACAUGUGGAGCACACCUGGGGUCCUACCCCUCUGGAUGAAAAAAUUCUGGCCUAACCCAUGUUCCACUUUCUGCACUUCAGAAAUUAAUUCCAUGUCAGCCCGAGUUCUGCUCUUUCUGGUGAUUCCAGGCCAUCUGAUUUUCUUCUACGUUAUCUACCUGGUGGAAGGGCCUUCGGUCCCAAACAGCAAGAUCUUUGUGGCGUUCUAUCUGCUAGCAGGCCUGAUCCAGGUGACAAUCCUGCUGUACCUGGCAGAAGUGAUGACUCGGCUGACGUGGCACCAGUCCCUGGAUCCUGACAGCCACUGUAUCCCCUACCUCACAGGGGUCGGGGACCUCCUAGGGACUGGCCUCCUAGCACUGUGCUUUCUUAUCAGUUGGUUAUUGAGGAGCGAAGCAGAGCUGGAUGGCAUUUCAGAACUAGCAUCUGGACCUUCCUAAUGAGACCAGGCAGCUCCAGUUAGUCAAUAGAAUGCUCCCUCGCACCAAUGGGGUACAGAAUGCAGUUCCUCCCUGGCUGGGUCCUUAGGUCUCCCUGCCUCGACAGUGGCCCUUUGUCAAUCUGCUAAGGAGACUCACACUUCUUGACCCUGGUGUUGGACCCUGAGGCCACGAUGGAGCCUAAAAUCAGAAGCACUGUCUGUGAGUGUGUGAAUGUGUCUGCAUGUGCCCACGUGCUAGAUGAGUGUGUGAAUGAGUGCACGUAUGUGUGGGGAACAGGGUGCACAGGCCUGAAGAUUCUGAAGGAAGAGGCAUGGCAGUGCACUUUGGGGAUGUUUGACCCUGUUUCAAUCCAAUACAGCCCGGAUUGGGGUAGAGCAGGAAGAAGAUCCAUUUGUGCCCAAGUCUCAGGACACCCCGAGUCCUGGCUUAACCGCUGUCUUCACUAGGUCCAGCUCCACAGGCCACUCUGCUGAGAUGCCCUGCAAAUGUGUGCAGCCCUUCCCAGGACAGGGCCCCCAUCCGCUCCCAGCAUUUACUUUUGCUGCUGCUUUCUUUCCUUUUUUCUUUUUUUCUCUCCUUUUCUCUCUCUCUCUUUCUACCUUCCU